UCUGUAGGAAACAGGAAAGUGGAGCUGGACUCACUGUUCCCGCUCUCGCUCCUCCCUCACCACUUUUACGGCUCAUUUACUCAGAAAUCUUCAGGAGAAGUUGAUUCAUCACUGACGGAGGCAGCAGCUGACAAGGCGCAGGCGGAUCCUAACGAAAAGCCUCAAAAACAAACUUUUUCUUUCUUUUUUUUUUUUUAAAGCAUUUGUCCACUUUGUGAGUUAGAACAUGGCAGAUUCACGCGUGUCCAGCUCGGACUGCUUGGGGAAGCUGAGUUUUCUGAUCACCAGGAAAGGUUUGAUCCUCGCAGCUGAAAUAAUCAUCAGUCUCAUCAUCAUCAUCUGCUACGCUGUAUCUCAGUUUGGAGGCUACAUUGUAGUUGCCAUCACCGAGAUGAUCUUCGCUCUGGUCCUCUUUGUCGUCUUCAUGAUGCAGUUGGACAAGCAGUUGACAGCGGUCAACUGGCUCUGGACUGAUUUUCUUCGGGCUAUUAUCGGUGCUGUCGUUUACAUGAUCACGUCAAUCAUCGUCAUUGUUGGAUUUGGGGACGAUGCAGGAAUCGCAGCCGGGGCGUUUGGUUUGGUCGCUGGUCUCCUGUUCGCUUAUGACACCUUCACCAUCUUCCUCCAAAUCAGAGCGAGCAGACGGCACACAGCAGCCUCUACUGAUGAAAAACUUUGAACUGUCCUUCCUGCAGACUGUUGCCCAGAGCAACAGGAGCGCUAUGAAAGAGAGGAGCGAGUCUGGGAGGCCUUGGGAAGAGGAUUUGGGUUGGGGGUGCUGAAGAAGGGUUUCCAAAUACACACCCACAAUAUUUAAACACCACACAAUUUUUGCAGGCUAAUGUAAACCAAAUAUUGUAGACAAGUGCAUUUUAACUUAACAUAAUGGUGGGAACUUGAUCAUUCUGUUUCAUACACAUUCAUUUUGUCAUUUACCACAACAACCAAGAAAAUUCAUAACAUUACAGCGUUUGCUUGGUCUAUAACCUUUGAAACAUACGAACCUUCUUUUUUAGCAUACAAAUACGUUUAGUAACUAUCAUACUUUUUGAAGACAUCUGUUCUCUGUUACAUUUUUGAUAUUGUCACUAAAACAAAGGCUACUUAUUUCAAGUAUUGAAAUUUAGCUGACUUCCACAAAAGCAUCUACCAAACAAGCAUCAAAUCAACCUACUUAUCUUAACUGAUGACAUGAACAAGAGCUUGGAUUUGUGGCAAAAAACAACAAAAAAAAACAUGGACCUAAUGACACUGCUCGGCAGCAGCUGCAGUUACGUUAACCCUCUUCCGAACUCCAAACACGGACUGACGCUCAGCUGUCAUGGAUAGGAAGUCUUUCAUGAGAGCCUUCAUGUCUAUAGCUUAGACAUUCUGCAGUGAAAUAUGUGUCUCGAUUCAAGCCACCAUGCGCAGCUUAAACAUGCGUGGCUACUUCGUAUAAUGUCUGAUAACCACAAUCCAUCCAUCCAUCCAUUUUCUUCUGCUUUAUCCAUAACCGGGUGGCGGGGGCAGCAGUCCUAGCAGAGUUGCCCAGACUUCCCUCACCCUAGACGCUUCCUCCAGCUCUUCCUAGGGGAGUCCGAGACGUUCCCAGGCCAGCCGAGAGACAUAUGGCGCUUUUAUACUAGCACCUACUCGCCACGCCUCCACUCGCCUCCACUUGCCUCCUCUUGCCUUGUCCUCAUUUGUUUUUAGACUCCCAGAUCGAACUCCUCACCCUAUCUCUAAGGGAGCGUCCAGCCACCCUGCGGAGGAAACUCAUCUCAGCCGCUUGUAUCCGCGAUCUUGUCCUUUCGGUCACUACCCAAAGUUCAUGACCAUAGGUGAGGGUAGGUGCGUAGAUUGACCGGUAAAUUGAGAGCUUCGUCUUUCGACUCGGCUCCCUCUUCACCACGACGGUCCGGUACAGCGACCGCAUAACUGCGGACGCUGCACCGAUCCGUCUUUCAAUCCCACGCUUCAUCUUUCCGUCACUCUUGAACAAGAUUCCGAGAUACUUGAACUCCUCCACUUGAGGCAGGACUUCCCCACCCACCUGGAGAAGGCAUGCCACCCUUUCCCGGUGGAGAACCAUGGCCUCGGUCUUGGAGGUGCUGAUUCUCAUCCCUGCCGCUUCACACUCGGAUUCAAACCCCAGCACAUGCUCAAGGUCCUGGUCCGAUGAAGCCAACAGGACAAUAUCAUCUGCAAAAAGCAGAGAUGAAAUCCUGAGGUUCCCAAACCGGAUCCCCUCCGGCCCCUGGCUGCGCCUAGAAAUCCUGUCCAUAAAAAUUAUGAACAGGACCGGUGACGAAGGGCAGCCCUGCCGGAGUCCAACAUGCACCGGGAACAAGUCUGACUUACUGCCGGCAAUGCGAACCAAACUCCUGCUUCGAUCAUACAGAGACCGGACAGCCCUUAAUAGAGGGCCCCGGACUCCAUACUCACCGAGCACCCCCCACAGAAUGGCACGAGGGACAAGGUCAAAUGCCUUCUCCAGAUCCACAAAGCACAUGUAGACUGGUUGGGCAAAUUCCCAUGAACCCUCGAGCACCCUGCGGAGGGUGUAGAGCUGGUCCAGUGUUCCACGACCGGGACGAAAACCGCAUUGUUCCUCCUGAAUCCGAGGUUCAACAAUCGGCCGUAAUCUCCUCUCCAGUACCCUGGCGUAGACUUUCCCGGGGAGGCUGAGAAGUGUGAUCCCCCUAUAGUUGGAACACACUCUCCGGUCCCCCUUUUUAAACAGAGGGACCACCACCCCGGUUUGCCACUCCAGCGGUACUGUCCCCUUCCUCCAUGCGAUGUCGCAGAGGCGUGUCAACCAAGACAGCCCUACGACAUCCAGAGAGAUACCCACAAUGCACAGUGUAAUCAAACACGUUUUGAAAAGUAUUUUUCAUUAUUAAGAAACUGCAUUAAACCAUCUAUAUUGUUUAUACAACAAACUGCAAGAUUUUUAAAAAACAUUUAAGACGUUUAUUGUUGCAUUUACUCAUUAGGGUUUUUUGGUCAACUGGUGGGGGUGCUAUGGCACACUGAUCCAGCAGGGGGCGCUGCAGCCCCACGGCUAUGCGAGGCAGUGAGGAUGACGGACUGUAAAAUGAGCAGGUCACAGUUUACUGUUAAACUUAAUAACUACAGAGUAAAGAUAAAUAACAUGUAUUUUAAAGCUCGUUGUUGGGAGGAGCAUGACAUCGCCGGAGUUACUGGGACACAACACCUGCACGUUAUCAAUAGACCACUAACUAAAAAGGAAAAGUGUCACUUACAGAUUUUCUUUAUUUUUCUCAGCUGGAUAAAACAAUUCUUCUGCAUUAUUUAGUUUCCAGUGAAACAGUGCCUUUAAGUCCAUUUUAAAUCUUCUAGUUUGUUUUAUACUACGCAGUAGUACAGUCCAGGUAUUUUUGGAAUAUACUGAAAACAUUCAUUUAUUGAGAAAAGUAUUUGAAAUGUUAUCACUGUUUUGAGUAUCAAAAUAUAAUGUAGUACACUUGUUUCCUCAAUGCUCUGGGGGUUAUUUUGAGUAAAAUGCAUCAUUUGUGGGAUUUUUUUCUCUAAUGCAGCUAAUACAGCUCGUCAUUUUGAAAUAAAAAUCGAUCUUUCUUUGAGAAAUCAAUGUAUUUGUUACAACAAGAAUAGUCUUUUAUAUUAUAUCAUCCUGAUGUUUGGAAACAGGUUGGAUCUCUAAUAUGUCUUCUGUCUUGUUACCACUAGAUGGAAACAUUCUGCAGCUUCAUCCAUCCAUCUAUUGUCUAUACCUCUUUCAUACUAUACAGGGAUAAAAGUGCUUCACAAUAAAAUAGUUUCACAUUUAAUCAUAAUUUCUAAAUGAAAAUCAUAAGGGUCAAACACAUUUCAUGAAGAAAGAACAGCAUUUAAGAAAAAGUAUAAUGAAAAUCCUUCAGUAACUCAAAGCUUUUUUUUUUAAAAAAAAGAAGAAAGAAGGAGAUCAGUCCUAUUCAUGCAGCAUAGAAAUGUGAGCUUUCCUCCAACAAUAUCCAACAGAAAACAACUCUUAGUUCUGCUUCCGUGGUUUUCCACAGAAUGGGUGGUUGUCCCUCACCGUUAUAUCAUCUCCACUCUACUUCCUUUUCUAUAGUUUCCAACAGCUUUCAGUGUGAAAGUUACGGGUUUUCUCUUCCUCUUGUCCCCACACCUUUCUUGUUUCUCUCCGUCUUCCUCUUUCACUCUCACGCAUCCUCUAAGCCUGGGGAUAGAACUGUUUACUGCAAAUGAAAAUCUGCUCAAGGUUCAUUUUUAGUUGUUUCUUUUUUAAUAAUAAUUAGCUCUAUUUUAUUCUCUUCUGUGGUAUUGUAUUGUCAAACGUCUUUGUGUGUCCUGUAAGGCGCUAUGAUGUAUUGUUAUUAUUAUUAUUAUUAUUUGGUAAAGGUUUGCCCAUUGCCAUAGUAACCAAAAGCUUCCUCAGGCAUUUUUUUUAAUUAGCUCAAAGUUUUGAGAAAUGUCAUGUUUCAGCAUGCAGACUAUGUCUUAUUUACUCACUUGCACAAUUUUCCAAAAUAAACAUU